UUUUAUUGACAUCAUUGUCAUAAAUAUUUUUUAGCACCAUUAUUAAAUUAAUUAUCAAUUUAAUAUUGAGGUGGUACUGUGCUCGUUCAACGUACAAUAGCGUUUCAAGACCGAAAAUUUAUUCGGCGCUCAGUUUAAUUAAUUUGACAACAUAUAUAAAAGCACGUAAUAAAUAUUCAGCUAUGACUGAAUGAAGAUCGAUUCAGACAAUACGACACCGGCGAAAAUUCUCACAAAGAAUGUUUUGCCGGUGUUGGUGAUGAUCUGCCAGAUUGAAUCGGUAAAGUAUAGUAUAAGAGAACUGCAAGCAUCAAUGUUCAAAUCGCGCGCUCGAGUGUAGUAUCUCUACUAAUAGAGAGAGACGUAAGUCGAUAGAUGACGAAUGUUGAGUGCGAUCGGGAGGAUUCCUCAGGCGGCGACCGUACCUCGUGAUGUAUAGUGGUGUACAGUGUGUAGACGGAACAAUAGUGUACAUCUCCUCUUUUUCCGUAAAAAAGCCUCUUUCCCCUUACAGAACGUAAAAAGAGAUGGAUAAAGAAAAAUUAAUUGAAUACGUUAAAACCUUUCCAUAUUUAUAUGAUGACAGUCAUCCAAAUUACUACAAUUAUUUAGUAAAAGUAAAUACUUGGGAAGAAAUUGCAGAUAAAAUGCAGUCAUCGGCUCUUAAUUGUAAACAAACAUGGAAGACUCUUAAAGAUUCUUACAGAAGAUAUUUAAAAAAUAGGCGUGAUUCAGAAAGUGAACAGCCUGCUUCAAAAAUUAGGAAAUUUAAAUUUAUGGAUGAGCUGUCGUUUUUACUACCAUUCAUGCAACAAGCUACAUGCAGUAAUUGGAAAGAUAUCAAUGAUGAUAAUGGCGAAAAUAAAUCGGAUGAAGUCGAAUAUGAUGAUAAAAAAGAUGACGAUCACGAUGACAAAAGAGAUAAGCGAUUCGAUAAAAAUGACGAGAAUGAUGAUACGAGUGAGGAGGAAUUAUAUUCUGAUAAUACGAGUGAGGAGGAAUCAUGUCUUGAAACUGUAAAAAAGGAAAACCGAGAAGAAAUCAACCCAACAAUUACACAACAAACACCAAAAACACAAUUAAAAAUAGCAAAGGAACGUACUCAGCACAAUAAAGAAAAAUAUGCUAGAAAGCGAGAAAUUUUAGCGAAAGAACGAUAUGAAAAAUCGAUAGACGCGUUCUUCAUUGGUGUGGCACCAACAGUAAAGAAUUUGUCUCCCUAUUAUCAAAACCUAGCUAAAAAACAAAUAUCCUCCAUCAUAUUUGAUCUUGAAGAGAAGCACAUUAAACAAUCUAAACCGUCUGAACAAGGAAAAAGAUUUGUCAGGCAUGGACUGCAUAAAAACAUUACCAUCAAAAAGUAAUGCCUUAUUGAAACGUAACGAUUACUUUUUUUAUUACUUUUUGCUAUAGUAAGUCGUUAGAUUUUAAAAUUACAUUAUUUUAUAAUUAAUGCUAAAAGUAAUGAAUAAAUAAUGUAAUCAAGUAAUAAAUAUUAAAAUUUGAAA